GUCCGGUUGCGCGUUUAUAACAACCAGUCUGGAUCACUUUCCUCACAUACACUCUUGACAGAAGGUUUGAUUUGAUCACCCUCCUUCUCGGGGCUGGUCACUCAAUACGACACGAUUUCAACAGAAGAAGUCUGAAUCCAAGCUGUAGCGGUCAUUCACCAAUCCUCUCGAUUCGUAGGGUCUCCCGGGACUUGGAAGACUCCUCACUCCACUGCAAAAACAUUAGGACGCUUUGCGCGUAACUAGAAUGGCUACUCCGACGUACACCGAGAACACCUCAGUUGCAGAUGCUGACAGUGAUGAUGACUUCGACUGGGAGGAGGUUGACGUCCCACAGCACGACCAAACCGUAGACCUGUCUGUAGGAGAUCAUACACAAGACGGCCCGUCCAGUCUAGCUCGCCCGAAUAUUGAGAUUACCAUUCAAACGAAGCCUAAGAAGGACGAGGAAGCAAAGAAGAGAACUGCUCAGAUCCAAGCCGAGCGUGUUGCGCGUUUGCAUUGUCAUCAGAUGCAUACCAUAGCAUUGAUAGGAAAUGCCCGUAUUCGGAAUACGUGGAUCAACGAUGAACUAUUACAUGCUAGACUAUUAUCGCUUACACCUUUAGCUAUCCAAAAUUCCUUUGCUAUGAUUCACAAGUCGCGUGUGCCCGAAGCCGCCAAGCGAGGCCGACUGUUCGAGUCUGCCAUAGGCCGUUUAGUCGAAUGGUGGACUGAGUUCUUCGAAGUUGAAGCUACAGGCCAUAUUCGAAAUCGUACCUUUGAAGAGGUACAAAGAAAAACUGCCACUAUGAAUGACCCAAAAGGCAAGGGUCGUGCUAUCGACUUGGACGAUGAGGAAGAUGCCGAAAUCAUACGGAGCCCGAAAAGUCUUAUGAAACACGCACUUAUGCGACGAGGGUCCAGAGACGUUAGUGCACAACUAUUCACAGCGCUGUGCAGAGCCCUACGAAUCCCAGCCAGACUUGUCGUUAGUUUGCAGAGCGUCCCAUGGAAAGCUAGCGUCGGUAAACCGAAACCUCCAAGCAAGAAAAAGAAGACACCACUCAAGGGUAAAGGCAAGGAGGUCAGCAAAGAUGAAGAAGAGCCAGAAGAAGACGAUGACAUGGAGAUGGAGGAAGUCAGCAUACCUGGCUCACCAGCACCGAGAGCAAAUGGCAAAGGUAAAGCAAAGGCAUUCCCUGGUGAUGGAUUACGUGUAGAUGGUCGCGAGACUCCCCCAUCUGCCCAGGGAAAAGCUAAAGCUCCUCCUGUUAUCAACUUACGGAAGAGUAAAGGUCAACGAUUAGGUUCGGCACCCGUUGAGCAACGUCGGAGAGAGCGAACUCCCGAUCCCACAACGACACCUCCUGUCUUCUGGACGGAAGUGUUUUCUCGCGCAGAUGGUCGCUGGUUACCCGUUGAUCCAAUACGUGCCAUCGUCAACAAACGCAAAGCAUUCGAUCCUACGCCAAAUCCAAAUGCAGCGAUUAAACCUGAGCGAAAUGUGAGGGUUGAGAACCGCAUGGUCUAUGUGGUUGCCUUCGAAGAGGAUGGCUAUGCCCGCGACGUCACGCCUCGUUAUGCUCGAGAGUUUGGUGCAAAGGUUGCGAAGAUACAACAAGGAGGAAAAGGUCGCAAACAGUGGUGGGAGCGUAUCAUGUCGACGAUCCAUCGACCGUAUCGUUUGAAUCGAGACGACGUGGAGGAAGAGGAACUUCACAUAAAUCAAAUGAUGGAACACAUGCCUACAUCAAUGAUUGGUUUCAAGGAUCAUCCAUUAUACGUCCUUGCUAGACAUUUAAAGCGAGAUGAAGUGAUCCAUCCCUUGACAGAGAUAGGCAAAUUCCGAGGAGAACCAGUCUAUCCCAGGUCUAACGUCCUCUCCCUCAAGACAGCCGAGAAUUGGAUGCGACAAGGACGAAAGGUCCGCGAAGGCUGUCAACCGAUGAAGUGGGUGAAACAACGCGCAGUAACCGUGAACAAACAACGCGCGAUCGAAAUGGCUAUGGCGGACCGUUUGGAAGUGGCUGGUGAAGGCAGCGAGGGAUUCGGUGCCGAGAAAGAUAUCAUGCAGGGACUUUAUGCUGAGAAUCAGACCGAGCUCUACAUACCUGAGCCAGUUGUCAAUGGCAAGAUACCCAAGAAUGAUUUCGGUAACAUUGACCUGUACGUCCCGACCAUGUUACCGGCCGGGGCAGCAUAUAUUCCUCACAAGGGCGCAGCUAAGAUUGCAAGGCAACUGGGUUUUGAUUAUGCGGAGGCUGUCACUGGUUUUGAAUUCAAGAAACGACGUGCUUUCCCCGUCAUCACUGGUAUCGUUGUGGCAGCUGAGAACGAAGACGCCGUGCUUGAGGCCUACCGGGAGGCUGAACAGGAGGCGGAGAAGAAACGUCAAGCUAAGCGUCAGGACCGUGUCCUCAAACGGUGGACUCGUCUCAUUCAAGGUUUGCGUAUCCGGCAACGGCUACAAGAACAGUACGCAGACCGGGAACCGCAAGCAACAACCGAAGGCGAGAAGCCGAUUGAAGAAGCGGAUGAAGAGCAUGUACCAGCUGCUGGUGGCUUCCUCACCAGUGCGGACGACGUCGUACAGCCGUAUUCGUUGCCUCGCAGUGUAUACGCUGCACCGAAGUCACCAUCACCAUCAUCGUUGCAACCGCCCAGUGCCGCCGACAACGUCCAGGAACAUGCCGGUCCAUCUAAUGGCGUACCAUUAUCCCUGGAAGAAAUCCCAGAUAGCGAAGGCGAGGAAGAGCUGGAAGUAGUUCCCAUACCCAACGGCGGAGCAGCUAUUGGUGGAGUACCAAUGUCGAUGCGUGAACUGGCCGAGGCCGCUGAACGUCAACCGAAAGAGGCACCGCUCGUCGACGAGGUCGAAUAUUUCCCUUCACCUCCACCUCCAUCUGUUGCUCAACGUGCUCUCGAAAAGGCCAGCGGGAAGAGUACUCCCAGAAGCAGAGCACGUACUCGUAGCGGCACUAGCACUCCUCGUUCUGCCAAGACAGCAAAGGAGAAGACGCCUCAAAAGUCUCGCAAACGGACUAGAGAGGACGUUGAAUCAGAUGUGGAGACAGAUGAGGUGCAAGAUGUCGUGCCUACGCCAUCGAAACGGACACGAGUAAAACCGGCUCCACCGCCGGUGGUGAAAUCUGAUCGAGUGCUCCGUGCUCGAAAGGGGAAGAGUGAAAGCAUGUUAGCGGAGGAAAGGGAGUUGGAGGAGGCAUACCGGAAGGCUGUAGCAGAGUGACUCCUGUGCCUUUUCAUCUCCGUCCCUGUAUACCAAGUUUGUAUGUUAUACAAUAUCAUAUCUACCCACACUAGUACUCUAGACGUAUGUUCAGCUACUAUACACACCAUUUAAUGUACCCUUUCGUAGACGGAC